AUGCCAUUGAAAAAACGACUUCAGUCAUUCUAUUCACAUAUAUCAGAUGUUCCGCAUACAUCAUUGCUUCGAAAACGAAUGGUACAAGGAGAGUUGUUACCAGCCGAAAGUAUGGAACGUGCUAUGCAUCCUAAUCUUCGGCUUAUUCUGCCGAAUAUUGAGGAUUCUGCACCAAAUCUAAAUUCAGCAGCAUUCCGGAAUCGUAGAAUGUCACGACGAAAGUCAUAUAUAUUUUGCAACUACGACAGUGAGGUAAUGCUUUUUUUUGGCCUUUAA